GAUACUUCCUUCCGCAUCCGGCUUUCUCUUUCAUUGCCUACGUUCCGCGACCGUCGGCUUUCACUAUGGCUACUACCGCUGUUUGGUCACUGAACGACAAGCCAUGGCCGCCGGGCUCUUGUCUGGAUCCAUCUAUGGAUUCACGAAGCAGCGACGGUAGCACAUCCAGUAGCACCGUCGAUAGCGUCAGAAAUAGCAUUCUCCGGACCGUUUCUAGCAGCAGCGGAGGAAGCAGCGGCAGCAGUGCAAGGAGCAGCAUGACCGAGAUGGAGUUUUCAGCCACAAGUCUGUAUAAAGAAGUGAAGAUCCGAAGGACCAAUAGCUGCACGACGACUCUUCUUGACGACGCGAAUCACGGCGUGCGAAGGAUGGACCUUUCGUCAGCGAAAUCUACGAAAGGAAUCGGCCUUCACGGCGUCAGCCGGAGCUCCAGAGGCAGCGCGAAUCACCGAUCGUCCCUUGCGCUGAUCUUCCCGCAAGCGAUCGAGGAAGAGGAGUCCGUCACCCGAUCCAACAACAACGGAGAAGACCUGCAACGCGCGGAGAGAUCAGAAGCCAACCGUGACGACUCGGCGGGACCACUGGCGGACAUUUCAACAACGGCCGUGACGUCUACUGAGGCUCCUGAAGGCUCCUCAUCCGAGCACGAGGAGGAUAGCUCUGCGCAACCGACGGCCGGCCAGGAGUCGUUUCUGCUGCAGGAGACGGACCGGGCUGCUCCCUCGCACACUCCAAUCCACUCCGCCGAUGCGACGACUCAGGCUCCUCCCAUCGUUGCGAUCGGUUCCUCUUCGGCCGACAACCCCAUCAGCAGCAUCGUUGUGGGAUCGGACCAUGCGACAACUGGAUUCAGCGCGAGCGUCGGGACGGCGAGUAACGCGGCGAGGAACCGCGUGUGGGAUAAGCUCUGCAACUUCAUACGCCCGUACUACUACCAGACUACUUCUACCUCCGCCCCGCUGCUGGUAUCGCCGUCGUCCAACGACAGUCACCUUGGAUCUGCGACCUCUGGCGACGAUCGGACCGCUCUUCGCGCGGCGGCGGCGGCGGCGGUGCAUCACACGCGCAGCAGCUCGUACAACUCGCGCCUCUUCUGCUUCGGGAUGCUGCCUCCCGCGCUACCCAUCCCUUCCGUGACGGCGCCGCCGCCGCCCUCCUCGCGGACUCUGCUGCCGCCACUGCCGCCGCACUUUCAGCUGUCCGACGGGCGAGCGGUGCGAAAGACGCUGGUUCUGGAUCUCGACGAGACGCUCGUGCAUUCGUCCUUCUCCGCGCCGCCCGCCGCCGACUUCGUCGUGCCGCUCACCAUGGACGGCCGCACCGCGUCCGUGUACGUGCUCAAGCGCCCCGGCGUCGAGCAGUUCCUCGCCACCAUGGCGCCGAUCUUCGAAGUCGUCGUCUUCACCGCGAGCCUCGCGCGAUACGCGGACCCCGUGCUCGAUCUCCUGGACCCCACCGGCGAGCUGAUUCACCACCGGCUGUUCCGCGAGUCGUGCGUGCAGAUGGAGAGCGGCGGCGGGUACGUGAAGGAUCUGUCGAUUCUGGGGCGCGACCUGGCGGACGUGCUUCUGGUGGACAACUCGCCGUUGUCGUACGCGCGGCAGCCCGCGAACGGCGUGCCCAUCUCGUCGUUCAUCGAUAACCCGCGCGACAUGGAGCUGUUUGCGCUGAUCCCGUUCCUGGAGCACAUGGCGCGCGUCAGCGACGACGUGCGGCGGCACCUGGGCGGCGGCGCGUGGAUGAACGUGGGCGCCGGGGGGAAGAGCGCGGGGAUGAAGCGGCAGGAGAGCGGAUGCAAGCAAGCGAUGUGCUGACGGAGAUGGGUGAGGAUGACGCGGAUGGGGAGACUUCACUUGUCUGAGUGUAAGGAGAGGGUUGCUUCUUGACUUGUUCACUGGAGUUGGUUCAGCAGACGGACUGUGCAGUACAGUCGUAGGUGGGAUGAGGCAGCACGACAAGGGUGACGCAUGGUGGGAGUGGUGGUAGGGCAAUAAGCGGCAGUGCCUAUGCCCUUGACUGCAGGAUGCUGUGAUGGCGCACUAGCGGGUUGGCAUGAACUAGGCUUCAUGUCACGCAGAGAUGGGAUGUGAUGUGAGUGCAAUGGCAUAGGUGGCACUCAGGGAUCAGGCACUUGCCCCUAGAUGGUUUCUGUUCUAUAGCUCACUUGAAAAGUCGUUAUGUUAAUAAUUAUGUUUAAGUGUA